AUGGAUGAUGGUCUUGCCGGCUUCAGGAGCUUCCUUAGAUCUGAGUUCAGUGAGGAGAACAUUGAGUUCUGGAUUGCCUGUGAAGAAUACAAAAAAAUCAAGUCCCCAACCAAGAUGGCUGAAAAAGCCAAGAAAAUUUAUGAAGAGUUCAUCCAGACGGAGGCACCUAAAGAGGUGAACAUUGACCAUGGCACCAAAGCUGUCACCAUAAAGAACUUGGUGGAACCAUCAGCAAGCAGCUUCAAUGAGGCCCAGAAACGGAUCUUUGCCCUGAUGGAAAAAGACUCCCUGCCCAGAUUUAUGCGGUCAGAAUUUUAUCAGGAGUUAAUCAAGUAGCAAUGUGGCCAGGCUGUGAAUGCAGCCCCUGCUGGCCACUCGCUGCCAGCCAUACUAUUGCCUAUUUCCAAAAC